UGAUUUUGUUUUGGUGGAGCAGGUCUUGCGUUAAUUACCAGACCAGUGGCUAUCAUUGGUGCUGCUCUUACAGCAUUGGGCAUAGCUUUCCUUAACGACAGCUUUGCAGCUAGUUUUAAUGAGAAGGUGAUACGGACUGUAAGGCGUUUCUCCCCGCACUUAGCUGCAAAGAUGAGACCUCCCCACAUGCCUGUCAUUAGGGGACGGUCUUCAGCAAGAAAGACGAUUUACAUCUGUGGCCAACCACGCUUUGUUUCCGUCUUUAUUUGCUUAGCCGUCAGCCUUGUCUUGUGGUUUUCUUCUUGUGGAUUGUUGUGGGUCCUCUAUGCUCUUCUCGCUGGUAUUCUCGCUAUCGUUCUUCACGCAAGCCUCAGAACUCCAAACCUGAAGGCACGUCUGAAUACAUUCCGUGAAGAAUUCCGUGCUGUCUGGCGCAACUACAGUGAACUCUGAGACAUAGGGGAGCUAAGCCGUUACUGUUUUCGAGCAAAGGGCAUGUUGCAGUUACUGCAAAUGAUUGUAGUGAACCAAUGUUGUUUUGGUUAGCCGGCGAAUCUUAGGCCACUGGUCCUGAAAUGCACAUUCCUCUGUUUUGUCCGAACAGAUAUGGUUGCCCAUGGGACGACUGGUUGUAAUGUAUUACUUGGAGAAUCAUGUUCAACACUUUUUUACAGUUUCUUAGUGGCCAAGUUUUAAUUUAA